AGCAAACAGCCUUUCAUUUCCUUACAAGGUCCACCAAGCCCAAAUACCAGCGAUUGCUCAAUCAUUUUCUACCUCUGCUAGACUUGCAGGGAAAUACCGAUUCAAGGUGCCAAAGCUCAACGAUUUCUCACCCGGAAGGAUGGCUCCAACAAAGACCCAUUUUGGCUCUUCGCUGGAUUACAUAUCAAAGCACCGGUCUCAAAAUCCUUCGUCCCGCACGAUUGUAGUCACUGGAGCUACCGCCGGGAUCGGCCUCGCAAUCACGAACCACCUGCUCUCCUCGAGCUCGCAGCAUCUCGUCAUCCUGACGGGGCGCAAGAUAGAUGUCCUCGAGGACUUGGAGGCCAAGAAUCCAGAUCGUGUCAUCUCUCGGGCGGGCGACAUGUCCGACUUGGACUAUGUGAAGCUUGUGCUACAAGGGUUACAUCUGGACGGACGGCUCGACGGACUCAUUCUGAACCAUGGAACCUUCGGGUCAUGCUUGCGGAUCAAGGAUAUCGAGGUCGAGGACUGGGAAAGCACCUUCAGAAUCAACGUCUCAAGUUGUGUGGCAUUGAUCAAAGCAGCUGUGCCUCUUCUGCGGCCAUCGAAGGGCCGGAUAGUUUUCACAUCAUCAGGUGCCGCAUCAAACGCCUACUCCUCAUGGGGCGCAUACGGCGCUUCGAAAGCCGCCAUCAACCAUCUUGCAAUGACUUUGAAGAGUGAAGAACCUGAAAUAACGACAGUGUCUGUCCGCCCUGGCGUGGUCGACACGGCAAUGCAGGUUGAUAUCAGGGAGAAGUUCCUCCAGAAUUUGGACGAAAAAGACCAGAAGAAAUUCGGAAGUGCCAAGGACGAUGGUAUUCUGUUGCCGCCAGAAAAACCGGGACGGGUCAUUGCAGAAUUGGCGAUCAGAGCGGAGAAAGCUCUGUCAGGCCAAUUUCUGAGGUAAAGACCUGACCAGCUGAAGUUUAUGGAUACGACGAUUGCUGAUUCGUUUCAAGCUGGGAUGAUCCCAAGUUAGCGGCCUACCGAACAGACUGAGGCCAUUAUGACACUGGGCGGAUUUAAGACGAUGGAACGCAUUGGCAUGCGAUCUCAAUAGCAAGGCAGAGAAAAAAUGAAUAGGACGAUCUGGUAUGACAAUGUCAGUCAAGGCUUCCAGAUCGGUGGAAAACACAACAUCAUAUGACAAGAACUCAGGCGAAAGAUGAAAAAUGAAUACACAGCUUUAAGCAUUAGACCCAUAGGAUCUUCAUGUUUAGCAUGGAAGAGUGAAUGUGUUCAUCAUAGGAAAAGAAGGAGAGUCGAGUUAGACUUACGAGAUGAGAGAGAAGAGUGUCACAAAGCCGUCAAACUAUUAGAGAGACGAGUCAGAAUAGGAUUCUGCUUAUGAAGACCAUAGAGUAAAAAGUUGAAGUCGAG